AUGGCUGUUCCUUCAAGUAAGUUGACAACGUUUAAGUUGUUUUUGAUUAGAAAUGGUGUGAAAGGGCCUAAGGGUUUUUUAGGAAGCAAAAAAUGUUGAAAUUUCAAAAAAAAUUUUAAAUUUGAAAAAAAUUUUUUUUGAAAAUUUGAAAUAUUUGGUUUUUUAUGUGCCAGAAAUGCCAUUUUAUAUAUUAUAUGGUGUGUAAAAGUUUGUGGAGAACCUAAAAAUUUCAUUUUAUAUCAGUUUUUCAAAAAAAAAAUUUUCGAAAUUUUUUAAAAUUUCAAACUUUAAGCCCUAAAGCCGUUUAGCAGAAUUUAGCUUUUUCUUCUCGGAAACCUUUUUUCAUUUCCACAAAUCCAUCGUCAUUAAAAGCUUAUGAAAAACCUUUUCCAAAGCCCUUUAGGCAAAAAGACAAGAGUUCUUGAGAAGCAUUUAUUGUCGUUUCGGCUGAGCAUACGGUAACUACUUGUUAUUUGCAAGUUGUUAUGACUUAUUAAUAAGGAAAUUCUUGGUUAAGUGGUGACAAAGAUUUGGUCAAAAAUAGCAGACUGUUACGGUAUUUUGGCAUGGCGGUUCAAUAAUGGCAUGGAAGAUAGUAAAAGUGAAUAAAAGUGGAAAAACAAUAAAAAAAGUAGGGGUCGGUCUACAAAAAACGUUAUAACUUUCGAAUGAAAUUGUAAAAUAUGACAAAGUUGUACAGUAUGACUCACCAUGGUCUAGUGUAUCCCAUGAUAUUCAAUUUUUUAUCAGUUGGAUCAAUUUGUUUGCUAUUUAUGGCUACCGUAUUUUACCUAAUUUUUAAAACUUUUAAUUUUUACAACAUGUUAUGACUAGUUUACGGCAAAAAAUAGUCAAAUUUCAGAAAUUUUUAAUGCCCUAUUUAAAAAUGUCGUAUUUUACAAAAUUCAAAAUUUCAGGUCGAAUUCUGAUGGACACACCCUGUCGUGUGUGUCAUGACAACUCUUCCGGCAAGCAUUACGGUAUCUACAGUUGUGACGGGUGUAGUGGCUUCUUCAAACGCAGUGUCCGAAGGAAUCGACAGUACGUGUGCAAGAACAAGGGUGGAGCUGAUGAAGGCAAAUGUGUUGUAGAUAAAGUGAGACGGAAUCAGUGUAGAGCUUGUCGGCUACGGAAAUGUGUGGAGAUUGGCAUGAAUAAAGAGGCUGUGCAGCAUGAACGAGGCCCUAGGUCGAGGUAAGGAGUUACGCAGCCCUAGUUUUAGCCCUAGUCCGAGCCUUAAGCUUUGUUAGCCCAAAGAUAAAUAUUCAAAUUUUAGCACACUGAAGAAAAUGGCGAUGAUGAAUCGUUUCACUACUCUAACUUCACAAAUCUCUCCAUCAGUAGCUCCCUUGGACAUUUUUAACGCCAAAAAGCCCCAAAAUCCGAUGUUAAUGAUAGCAAAGAUGGCCCAAAACUUUAAGCAAAACCUGUUUAAUCAACUUCAAUCCUCUCCAAACAGUUUUAUGUUUAAUGGCAAUGGCAAUAUGAAUGUUUUUGGCAAUGUGGUAAGUUUGGUGUUGGUUUAAAAUGACAUUUUUUGAGGGAUUCCUGGGUGUAUUUCGAGCUGAUUUUGGCUAAAAGUUGAUGAUUUUGCAGCAUUUUUAAUUAAAAAUUGUAUUUUAGGUUAAAAAAUGGCUGCUAUUUUAAUGUAUAGGCUUUUUGUAGAUUAAAAAGUCAUGUUAUACAUCAAGGGUUUGGUUUAAAAUGGCAUUUUUUUGGGUGAUUAUUGGGCUAAAAACCUUGAUUUUGGCCAACAUUUGAUGAUUUUAUGCCAUUUUUUAAUGAAAUAUAAAUUGUUAAAUCAAAAAACGGCCAUAAUUUUGUAAAACAAUUAGCUAUGAUCAAUUCCUACCUCACAAACUAAUUUUCGAAAAUUUCGAGUUUUAAAAUUCCGAGUUACAGUAACUUUUUCGCCGCGAAUCCGGUACAAGUUACAAUACCAAGUACUCGAAACUGAACAAACAGAGAAUUCAGGUCGUUUCCAAGGUGAACGAUAUACUCAAACCGAGCAAAAAAAGGUCAUGUCGAAAGGUCAUUUUUCAGCAAACAUUUUAAAUAUGUCGCAAUUAAGUUGAAGAUGGGCCCGAAGAGGAAAUAAGCUGGGAGAGGCAGUUCAAGGGGAAUAUAACGGACGAAAUUAAUUGAAAUUAGUGUUUAAUUAGUGGUAAAAUAGUUUAGAAAUAGUUAAAAUAAAAAGUUUGAUAACGAAAUUGUUAAGCUAUUUUGGCUGCACUGUGCAAAUAAUUUUGUUGCACGGUGCAAUCUAAAAAUUUCAAAAAAUCAUAAAAAAUUCAAAUUUUAAAAAUUUUUAAAACUGCAAUGACAAACCUAAUAACAAUGCUAUUCUAAACCACUAUGCAAAGUUAUUUUUAAAACUAUUAACUCAUUUUUAUUUUAUAUCAAAAACAAGUUUAACGACUGCACGGUGCAAAAAAAUCAAUUGCACGGUGCAAUACAAAAUUGUUUCAAAAAAUGAAGAAAACAGGCUGUUCUACCGUAAUAAGCUGCCAUUUUGCGGCAAUAUAACACGAACAAUGGCAUUAGGAGGCACUUCCUCUCGCUCUCGACAUUGGCUUUUUGACUUUUGCGACAAAAGUCGAGCCAAUAAGCUAACAGCUGCAGGAGCGAGAUGACUUUUGGGGAGGUACAGUAAUCGUCAGGGUUGGUAUAAUGACUUUUAAGGUAGAUGGGUGAUUGGCAAUGAUAUUUUUAAAAGUUUUUGAUCAAAAUGAAGGAAUGGUUUGGACAGGUUUGAUCGUAUAACAUUUCACUUUUUUUUGAAAUUUGUUGUUGUGGGUACUGUAACUUUUUAUGAGGAAACCAGAAAUUGAUUAUACAUUACUAAAAACGUGAUAAGACUUAUGUUAAGUCUUCAUUUUUAAUUUUAAAAUUCCUUGAGGACACCUUUCAUCGUAUAACCUCUCCGCUUUCAGAACAAGCCGUCCACAUCGAUGGGCGCCGAUGCCUGUAUGAUCCGCCUAUUAUCCUGGGCACGCACCUUCCUCUCUUUAUUCCCGACAAUCGGGCCGGAUGAGCAGGUAAAAGUUUAAAGCAAUUUAAUUCAUCUUAACUUCCUGAUGGAUCAGCGUGUCCGAACUGUCAGGUCGACAUUGUUUUUUAAUUAAUUGGGCGGCCAACUAAUUUAUAUUUUUAUUUUGUCAAUUUGAAGUUUGUUUUGACUUGGCCGAAGUUAAAUUGAAGGUUUUAGUAAAAGUUAUAUUACACUUGAGAAGAAGGUGAUGGUUAAUAUAGAAAUGAACAGAACUGAAAGAGUAAAACAAGGAAUGCUUUUAGAAUUUUGAAGAAUACAUUCUAGAGUUUGUAAAAAGAUAUGCUUUGACAAGCAAAUCAAAGAAAGAAUGUCAGUUUUGAAGGAAAUUAUGUUACACUUGAGAAGAAAGUCAUGUUUAAUAUAAAAAUGAACAGAACUGGAAAAGUAAUAGCUAAAACAAGAAAUGCUUUUUGAAUAUAGAAGAAUACUUUAUAAAGGUUCUGAAAACUUAUGUUUUGACAAGAAAAUCAAAAAAAGAAUGUCAGUUUUGAAGCAAAAGCUAUUAUCCAUGAGGUCAACUGAAGGGUAAUAUAAUAUAAGAUAAGCUGUAGUUCAAAAACUGUUAGAUGUAAUAUUAAGUGCUUUGGGCAUGUUAAGCAAAACUUUAUAAGGUUUAUUAAAAAUGAUGAUUUGACUUGUAGGUCUAAAAAAGAAUGGCAUUUUGAAAGAAAUUUAGGUUACGCUUGAAAAGAAGCUGAAGGGUAAUAUAAAAAGCAUUGUAACUUGAAAGUAAUGAGCUGAAUCGAAGAAACCUUUGAAGAGAGUAAAGAAUAUUGUCUAAGGUUUAUUAAAAAUGAUUUUUUGACUUGUAGGUCUAAAAAAGAAUGGCAGUUUUGAACAAAAAGAUAUUAUCCAUGAGAUCAGCUGAUGGGUAAUAUAAAAAUCUUUAUAGCUUGAAAAUAAACAACUAAAUAAACAAAACCAAUGAGGAGAGUUUAGAAUAUAUUCUGAAAUUUACAAAAGUUCAUGUUUUGACUUGUAGGUCUAAAAAAGAAUGGCAUUUUUGGAGGUAAAAUACGCAGAAAUGAUUUUUUUUAGAUUUUUUUUAAGUUUAUUGAUCUUAAUUCAAAUUUUAUUGAUCCCAGUUCUAAAAUGUUUAAUAUUAACAACUCUCGAACAACGAUAAGCCUGUGACAUAUGUUUCCGUUUAUGGCAAUCGUGUUAAGUGGGUACUCUGGGGGGCUUAAGAAGUAGUGCGCGAACAUCUGUGAAGGUUAAACAAGGCGCUUGACCGAUUACCACCGCAUUAUAAUGGGAUUAAGUGCAAUAUAUACAUGGUGUUUACCGUCGUAUGUUCGACGAACAUGUUUGUUUGCAGACAUUCGGAUUUAGCGAGGGUUUUCGUGGUUAAAAUCGUGAAUAUGGAGGUACAAAAGUACAAUAUAAAGAUGAAAUAGGCCUAUAAUUAGCUUAAAAGUUUAAAAAAUGAUAAAAUAUGAAGUAUAAAGUGGCUAAAAUACGGAUUUUUUAGCUCCAAACCAUCUCCCAAUGUCUCGGUCGAUUAUUCUUGGUCAGUGCAUUCGAAUCGAAUUUGAUCUCAACUGAUAACCUACAAUCAGUGGAUGAUCAAGAAGUCAAAGAACAACUGCAAACUAUCAUAACAAAGCUAGAGGAACUACAAUUAGAUGAAACUGAGUAUGGAUAUGUCAGAAAUUUACUGCUUUUACAUGGUAAGACCAGCCCUAGCCCAGAGCCCUAGCCUGGAGCCCUAGCCCGGAGCCAUAGCCCAGACCUAGCCUAGAGCCCUAGCCCGGAGCCAUAGCCCAGACCUAGAGCCCUAGCCCAGAGCUUUAUUCUAGAGCCCUAGCCCAGAGCCCUAGCCCAGAACCCUAACCCAGAGCCCUAGCCCAGAGCCCUAGCCUUAGUCUUAGACACGAGGAACGGUCUAGGCUGGCCCGGCCCGUUUCAACCUUAAAAAAAUUCGGGCCGGGCCUGAGCAAAAUUUUAAUCGGGCCGUUCUUAAACUAUCUGUCCUUGCCUUUUCUUACCCUACUGUACCCGUUUGCUCUAAGCUACUCUAUCUUCUCUACCUCAUCCUAUCUAUUCCUUCCUUUUUGUAUCAUACUGUACCCUACCGUAUCCUUCUGCAUUACCCUACUCUCUUAACUUUAAAUUUUAAAAAACUUUUUAAAAUCUAAAAAAAAUUAAAUUACCCUGCCCUAUUUCAGAAAAGAACCCCCAAAUCCUCCAAAUGGUUCAAUCCGCCCUCGCCCAACACCAACAAAACCUGUACCCAGCCCAGACGAUGCGCUUCUGUCAGACUGUGAUCCUGUACAACAAACUCAACGAAAUCAAUAAUAGUGGUCUGUUGAAUACGGUACGAUUGCUGGUGGCACAGAAGUCGCCGACUAACUCGACGGUCGAUUUCUCGAGUCUAUUUUCGACCGAUUUGAGUGUUUCGUCGCCGUCGAAUUCGUCCGACGACGAGGAGAUGGAGGAGAGAGCGGAGGAAGUGGAGAGGGUGGAAAAGAAAAAGCGUACCAGCUUCUCGGUUUCUGCGCUUACUGGUACUGAUGAGACGAGUUGUUGA